AUGGAUUUGCGCACGAUCAUGAAUACCGACGGCGGCGCUGCCUCCAAGGCCCCGCAAGCCAGUCAAUCGUCUGGCGCGCCGUCGGAUCCAUCUCGUCAGCAGCAGCCCCAGCAGCAGCAGCAGUACGCAGAAUACUCGAGUCGUCCGUCGCAGCCCUUGCAACACGCCCAACACCCUCAGCACGCCUCGCCCGGGCGAUCCUCGUCCUUCGGCCCGGCCCAGUCGCCUUACCAGCAGUUCCCCCCAGGACCACCGCCGCCAUUGAAUACGGCAGUGCAGUCACAUCCAAGCCAAAGCCCUCAGCAAGUGUCGACUCCAUACGGUUCCGGGGCGCGUGAUCCAUACGGCACGUCAGCCUACAGUUCGCAUGCCCAAGCCUCCGCCGGCCCCUUGGCCUCGCCGUACACGCCGCAGCAGCCCAUGAGUGCAGGUCCUCAACACCCUGAGCCGCAGUCCUAUUUUGCGCAACAACGGUCAAACUCGCUGCAAUCUGUGAUGACGAACCCGCUUGGCGCGGGUGAAACCUUCCGCCCUGGAGAUAGUCCCCCGUCCGCCUCACAACCGCUUCCCUCACAUCAGUUCUCUCCAUCCACACAUCGUUCAGUUCCAGGGACUCCUUUGGGACCUCCUCCCGCCUUCUUCUCUCAUCAAUCGCCUUCCUCCACGCGUCCACGGUCAUCCGGUCGCGCCUCUCCCCGCCACAAUCCGUCUAGUCCCUACGCCGUGCAUGGCACGAAGCAGACACAAUCUCCCUCAGCUUCACGACAGAUAUCGCCCUCCUCUCGUCACUCCGAGUCGGCCCCUCACUUCCCUUCCGCCAGUGUAAAACAGGAGCCCCCCGAGAUUCCGAGUCCCCAGAUUGCCUCGCGACAAAAUAGCACGGCAACUGCGUCUGAUACCGCGGGUGCAGCUCCUCUCCGUUCCUCUGAGGACCGAAAGUGGAACGAGAGUCCCACAGCGGCAUUUCCAUCCGGCCCAGGGUCAGAUUCACGCGCCUCGCCUGUUGCCACUACACAUCCACAGAUUACCAGCUCCCCCUCGGCCUCAAGAAGCGGUUCGCAUCCGCUGAAAAUGGAGAUAGAUCAAGAACCGACGGACCGUACCGAGAGUCAACAGCCCAAACUCAAGAGGAGACGGUAUAAUGAACCUCCAAUCUAUGCUCAAAGAUCAGUUCGAACCAAAGGCAGAUGCCCCAUAAUUCCCAACCCGCAGUCGCCGAUUCCAAAACAUGCACGACGUACUGGCCAGGAUCCGUGGGCCUCGCGCAGGCACUCUCUAGCGUCGACUGCUGGGUCUGCAACAACGACGACAACACGCACUACUCGGACACCUGGGCCAGCGGUACCACCGCCCAGGACAAACGGCCCUCCUCCUCCUCCUGCUGCCGCUGCUGCUGCUGCUGUUGCUGCUGUUGCUGCAGCUCCUCGUGUGGAAGAACAAGGCUCACUUGGUCCCUGGGAGCCUUCAAUCACUGGAUUUAUCCCAUUUGAGGAAAUUACGAAGCAGCUGUGUGAUUUCCUCUUCCAGCAUGUGGUGGUGAGGACCGACGUUGCCGCCGGCGCGGCGGGUUCGGCUGCUGCAGGACAAGGUGCCAUCAUUGAAGUUGAAGCCAAGCUGGGUCAUCUCAUGGAUAUGGAUCGCAGAGAGAGGCUGGUCUUGCCCGUUCUCACGGAGAGCGUCAUCAAUCGAGAGUCCCGGUUGCGUACCUCAUUUGAGAGUAGCAUGACUGUGGAGCAACAUCGGGCCAUGAACAACUUUCUCAAUGAGCAAGUCAAAGCGUCCAUGGUCAACGAUUCAUCUCGGAUCCCAAUCUCGUACGCGCAUAAAAAGGAGCGCGAUACAUUCUACGAGGUCUCACCCCAGGAACUACCGCCCGUGAUCCGGCAAAAUCUCAACCCUCGCCACAAACCCAAAGUCCGUGUAACCACCGAUGUAAAGACUGGGGAAGUCAUUGCCAAGAUCGUCAAAUGUCGUGUUGCGGACAUCGACGUCUACAGUCCCCGCACAAACGUGGAUUGGCGUGUCUCUGUUAACCUCGAAAUGGAGUACGACGGCGAUAUCACCCACCUACCCGCGGUGGACGCCUCCAAAGGCGGCCGCGGGGAGCGCAACAAAGACCGCAUGAGCUACCGACACUUGGCCUACCAAAUCGACCUGACACAAGUGGCCACGGUCGAGGCGCCGACGAAAAAUGAUUUCGAGCACGAGCUGGAAGUUGAAGUCUCUGCUGCGGAAAUCCGACGUCAGGGCAAUCUUGCCAUGGCAGGCGAUCCGUCAAACCAGUAUGAGGAAUUGGUGAAGGGCUUUGUGGAUAAUAUUCGUAUACUGGCACGGGCCGUGCCGCCUUGA